AUAGUCAAAUAGUUGUUUAUCAAUCUAAAGGAAAAGAGAGGAGAAAGAGGAAGAGCUCAGCAAAUUUCCUAUACUUCAUGACUCUAUGAGGACCGGACAGACAGGACUCGGAGGGCUCCAGUUCGGUGCUAAAGUCUUCAACUACUGUCUCAAGUUUCUGAAAUUUAGCAAUGGAUUAUUUCCCUGAUGAGACCAAUUCAACGGACAUACACUCCCAGCCUUCGUAUAAGCCCCCAAUAAUUCUGUCCAUGGUCAUUCUCAGCCUCACUUUCUUAUUGGGAUUGCCAGGCAACGGGCUGGUGCUGUGGGUGGCUGGCCUAAAGAUGAAGUGGACCGUGAACACUGUUUGGUUUCUCCAUCUCACACUAGCAGACUUUCUCUGCUGCCUCUCCUUACCCUUCUCCCUGGUUCACUUGGCUCUCCAAGGACACUGGCCUUAUGGUUGGCUCCUAUGCAAGCUCAUUCCUUCCAUCAUCAUCCUCAACAUGUUUGCCAGCGUCUUCCUACUGACUGCCAUUAGCUUGGACCGCUGCCUUCUGGUACUCAAGCCCAUCUGGUGCCAGAAUCACCGCAACGUGAGGACAGCCUUCGCCAUCUGUGGAUUUAUCUGGGUGAUGGCUUUUGCAAUGUGCAUACCUGUGUUCAUGUACCGGGAAACGUUCCCCGUAGACGACCAAACUAUGUGUGGCUACAAUUAUGGGAGCAAUAGCUCACCAGAUUAUUCAUAUUACACUUAUGAUCAACUGGAAAAUGGGUCUCUUGACUAUUCCAAUGUUCAGUUGCUUGAAAAAAUGGUUGACAAGUCAGAUGCUUUCUCUUCACAAAGAAAUGAUCAUCCUUGGACAACUACCACUCUCCUCCAGUCUGAAACAUUUCAAAGAUCUCCUGGAGAUUCAGUCCCUGUGGGUUCAACUAGAUUAUCUAAUCAACAUCCAUAUUAUAAUUUAAUUAAACCUGAUAAUGAGGCCUCCCCAACAACCCCCAUUGGCCUUCCCAUUGAAGAUCACAGAAUUAACUCACAGAAUGACUCUGAUGCUUUCUUCUCUACCGAUUUAGAACUUUUCUCUAAUACCUCUAGUAAUGCUUUAUACACAAUUGUGCCACCACAAUAUUUCCAGUACUAUACUUAUACUGAAGGACACUUUGAACCUAGCAAUAAAGUUCCAACACCGGAGGUGAUAAUAACCAUCACUAGGCUAGUGAUGGGUUUCCUGCUGCCCUGUAUUGUCAUGGUGACCUGUUAUAGUCUCAUUAUCUUCAAAAUGUGGGGUCGCUCGAUCAAGGCUCAGAGCAAAACCUUCCAGGUGGCCGUAGUGGUGGUGAUUGUCUUCAUUGUCUGCUGGGCCCCAUACCACAUUUUUGGAGUCCUCUUUUUGUUUUAUCACUCAGAGUUUGAAGGGAGCUUGAAGGAAGCUCUGCUAGCCUGGGACAGCGUGGCCAUUGCUCUAGCAUCUGCCAAUAGUUGCUUCAAUCCCUUCCUCUAUGCCCUUAUGGGGAAAAACUUUAGGGAGAAAGCAAGGCAGUCUGUGCAGGGCAUUCUGGAGGCAGCUUUCAGCGAGGGGCACACACAUUCUACCAGUUAUACUCAAAGCAAAGGCUUUUCUAAAACCAACACCAGCACAGCUGUGUGAGGAUAUGGAGCAUUUGACCAAAGCACUUGACCCAAGCAGAGCUUCUUAGCUAUUCAUCAUGUGUGUGACAUGUCUCUAAAAGAGCAAGGGACUUGGUGAACAGGGAUUUCGGAAAUCACCAAAGACUCAACCUUGAGGCCUUCCAAGUGUGGUCCCAGACUAGUGACAUCAGUAUACCAUGGAAACUCUCUGGUCGAACCUGACUUGAAAACAAGUUCUCUUGUUUCUGACGAAUGCUAUGUCUGAGAGACAAUGCACAAAUCAAUCUGUUUCUAUCCCAAACUGAGCCCCCUGAGAUAAAUGAGAAUCUAAUCUGUUGUAAAAUGUUUCCUUCCAUCCUUAAAUUUUCUAUUUAGUAUAUCGAAAUCCCCUUCCAUAUUCAUUUUAAAACCAAUUGCCCUAGCUCUGAGUGAAAGAUGAUCAUUUAUUCUAUGGCUUUAUUGUUAUACUGUUGGGGGGGGGGGUUAAAUAAAGAGAAGGGGAGGUAGUAAAGGGUAAAGGGGCCAAAUAUAGUGACACAAGAUUAUUUGACUUUGGUUGGUGGGCUUACAAAGCAAUAUAUACAGAUCAUGUAUCAUAGAAAUGUAUACUUGAAACCUAUAUGACCAUAUUAACCAGUGUCAAUACAUGUAAUGAAAUAAAAAAUUUUUUUGAAGAAAUCGUCUAUGAAAACAAGGAUUUAUGAGUCUGGAGCAAGCACAAUGCCAGACACUUCCUAUUUGGAAUACCCAUGAAUACAGGACACAAUUCCAAGUUUCCUUUAUUGUAACUGAUUAAGCAUCUCUUGUGUAAACACAGACUACUAAGGCAUCUAACAACUUACUCAUGAUCUGUAAUGUAAGCUGCCCUUUGAGGAGUUCUGUUUCCUCUAUCUGCUUAUAGGUAGAGCCAUCUUCCUUCCUCUUUUUGUCUUAAAUAACUAAUUCCCUUAUUUCUCUUCCGCCCCUAAGUCUUCUUUCAUUUUAGAAUUUGUACCUUUACUAACCUCUAAUUUCAAAAAUUUAAAAUCACUGAAAAAUGAUUGAGUACCCUCCAGGAAUUCCAUCAAACUUAUUAAAACAUGACUAUAGGUAUUUUUCAUGUUAUAAUCACCAGAUGUGUGUGUGUGUGUGUGUGUGUGUGUAUUUAGGUUUCUAAAUUAAAUAUUACCCAAGUAAUACAUACACAUAGUUUAAAGCCAUUUGAGGUUUAUAAUGAAAUAUCAGAAGUUUCCUGCCAUACUCUGGCCUCCCAUCACCCUUUUCUGAAAUAACCGUUGCACAAUUUUAUAUGUUCCUUCUGAUCUUUGCCAUGAUGUUUCUAAGUCAUGGACUUAUGCUGAUCAUUUUUGUAGAUGAUAAAAAUGACUUCUGAUUUUGCAAAAUGAAGAAUUUUAUCCAAGCACAUAUUCAUAUUUCUUGUUUAUCCAGAGUCCCAAUAUUCAUUAACCAUCACACUUUAAUUUGUUCAUGACCACACAUUUUCUUCUACUUUCUUUCUCCAUCCCAACCCUACAUAUAUGCAUAUGGCUUUCCAUCUAUCCUUCUUUCAUUUUAUAAAAGCACUGUUCAACUCCCUAUUACCUUCUCAUCUUUCUAUAUAUAAACCUGUAUGUGUUAAACAUUUAAAAUUUCAGGUUUGUUAAACAUAGUUUCAUCUAAGCUGAAUACAAUGUUUUAAUGUAAAGACAGAAAAUUAAAAGUUGAGGUGAGGGUCUGAACUACAAAUUUGUUAUAAAGUAUUUCAAACAACUAGGAAUUCUUUCCCUUGUGAGGUAAUAUCUAAUAUGAUGUAUAUUUGCAAUGCUAACUUUUAUUUUAAUCUGCUUAUAUUUUUUAUGGAAAUAAAUGCUUUCUCAUGAUUCCUUGCAA